CACAAAAUUCCACUGUAUAGGGCGGCAGUGGGUAUCUCUUCUCUUUCUCUCUCUAUUUUAACUUCAUUUACUGCUGCGCCCCUAUCCCCAGCAUCCAGCUCAGAGUGUGGGAGGGGAUCUCUGUGUGCUUGAGUGUGCAUUUGUGUGAGAGACUCAACUCAGGUGGGCUACUAGAAGAGACCCUUGGAGAUAGUUGGAGUAGUAGAAGUCCUCUUCUAUGAGGGGGCCCUGUAAAAAUAUGGAUCGUCUGUACUGAGGGCCCCCCAGUCCAAGAAACUGCUGAACCAAGGACACGAGCAUAGACCGCACCAUGGUGGCUGAGGAGGUUAUCAUCACCCUUUCUGGAGGAGCACCAUGGGGCUUCAGACUGCAAGGAGGAAUAGAACACCAGAAGCCUCUGCAGGUUGCCAAGGUGCGUAAGCGAAGUAAAGCAUGUAGGGCUGGACUGCGUGAGGGAGAUGAACUGGUUUCCAUCAAUGAGAAUUCCUGUGAGAGUUUGUCGCAUGCCCAGGCCAUGAACCUGAUCGACAGCAUGCCAGGAACACUACACAUCCGGGUUAGGAGGGCACCGGCUGGCUUCCAGUCCGUGGUUUUGGUUGCUCGAGCUCCUUCUCCCCGCAUUGAUAAAGAGUACCGUGCUGCCCUUAGGGCCAAGUCCCCAUCCAGUUCUAGACCUUACCAGCCCAGUGUACACCAAAUCCACCACGGGGCCCUGAUGUCCCCGACAGGACACAGUGGAUUGACCUCCCCUCCAAGCAGUGAGGCUUACUAUGGAGAAACAGACAGUGAUGCAGAUGUGGCAGCCCACGAGAGGCAACGCAAGCCGAAAAGACGCAGUCCCAGCAAUUCACCUGCAAAGGCUGGUAGAGCCUCACCAGAGGGAGCCGAGACUUCUGAGAUGAGUGGAUAUGACAGUGCCUCAGAUGCCCAAGUGUACCUUCCUCUGGGGCCUUAUGAGAGGGGCAACACAUUGCCUGGUGUAGCCCGCAGAGAUGUGAUUUGCCAGCCCCUUUCAUCUGGAGCAUGGUCCUCACAGACCUCCACCGAGAACUCAUCCAUGAGUGCAGAUGACCAAAACCCACGAGAAGGGCUAAUGGAAGAAGACAGUGGGUUCCAGGAGCCCACAAAUGUUCCUCCACUUGUAUCUCCAGAGAGAGCCAAAGAAGCUCUAAUGCUACGCUCUCGUAGUCAGCUGGUGCCCAUGGUUGGGCCAGUAGACAAUCCGGUGGAUGAGGAGCUUACAUUAACAUAUAUGGAUAAAGCAAAACAAGCAAAAUUGAACCGUGGAGAGACAAUCAUAGACAAACAGGUGAAAGAGGCUCGAUCCAAGUGCCGCACCAUUGCCUCGUUACUGACUGAUGCACCAAACCCACACUCAAAGGGUGUGUUGAUGUUCAAAAAGCGUCGUCAACGCUCCAAGAAAUACACACUGACUAGCUUUGGAAGUGUUGAUGAAGACAUGAGGCAGGACUCUCAAGAAGAGGAUGGCAUAUUUGUUGGAAGUGAAUCAGAAUUUGAUGAGGAAGGGUUUUCUGCUGCACCUGAUCCAACGUGGGACAGUGACUACCUUGAGAUGCUGGAGAGAAGAUCGGCAUCCAGAGGUCUGGAAGUAGAGGGUCGAGGUGCUCUCAGUCCUGGUCUGAGUGAUACCUCAGGAAAGGGGGCACAGUUGUUUGAGCAGCAGAGGAGGAGGGCUGAGGAACAUGCCAAGAAAAUGGAAACAGCUCAACAGUUGCAAAGCCAAAUGCUGGGCAUUGCGCUGAAAGAGACGCAAGCACUUCAGACACAACAACCACAAUCAGACCAACUAACAAAGACCCAUGUCCAGGCACCACCAGUUGCUCCAAAACCUGCAAGACCCUCAAAAACACUACAUAAUGCAUUUCCACACCCAACAACACAAAAUAACCUUGACACACCUCGAGCUAUCCCCACAAUCCCUGCAAUGGUUUAUGGAGAUACUUUAAACACAAUGAUACCAGCUCCCUCUGUGUUGCCCAUAACUGAUCUUACAGUAACUCCUGCAGAACCUAUGAUGCAUCCACCACCAACUCCUCUGCCAGAACUUCCUUCCAGCUCUGUGUUAAACCGAACCGCCAGACCCUUUGCCCCCAGCUGUAUUACUAAUCGGGCAGCCACUGCUCCUGUUGUAUUCCACCCUGCAGUCAGUAAGAAGACACCCAGACCUGAUUCAGUGGCUGUCGUUGCACCUCCAUUUUCAACAGUAUCAGAGGAGCAUGCCAUGGGUGUCACUCCUCCCUCCUUUGCUUCCCAGGUCACAGUGAGCCAACCGAGUGCUGAUGUACCUGCUGAAAUAAUACCCACACACCCCUACAUGCCUGGCAAGCAUAUACCUGCACCUGUGGAAUCAUAUUCUCAAACUCCUCAUCACUUCUCCUCAGUGGAAAACAUUCAUUGUUCCAUCAAUCCACUUCCCAUAGUUCAAACCAAAGAACCUACUUUUCCCAUAGAUUCUGAAACAGCUUUGCCUGCUCCUCCUGCAAUGCAUAUUGACACCACUGUGACCUCUGUGGCUUCUGACAUCUCUCAGCCCAUAGUGUUACCAUCACAGCCCUCUUCUACUUUGACCCCUGCAGCUCCUGUGACCCCACCCAGCCAUGUAACUCCACUUUCACCCGUGGUGUAUCGUGACAAAACUUUAGCCACUGGUAGCCGUUCUGGUAUUCUCCAAGAGGCCCGCCGCCGUAGUGCAUACAAGCCAAUGUUUAAGGUGCCUGACAGCAAGAAGAACUCACCAAAUCCUGAGCUAUUGUCUAUGGUGCAGAACUUAGAUGAAAGACCCAGGUGUAUGUAUUCUGAACCUGAAAAUGUAGCCCAGAACAUGAAUGACAACAGGACAAGGGUCCCUCCACCUGUGGCUCCUAAGCCACGGGUCAUCCCAGAAAUGUCCCAUAUUCCUCAGGCUGAAGGGAAAGGUGCAGAGCUAUUUGCUCGUAGACAGAAUCGUAUGGAUUAUUUUGUUGUAGACUCUCCAUCUCUGCAGCAACCUCAACCUCUUGGGGCUCAACACUCUCACUCAGUCAUGGAUCUGAUCCAAACACACCAGCCCUCAACAACCCCAUCCCAAUGGAAGUAUUCACCCAACAUUCGUGCUCCUCCACCCAUUGGUUACAACCCCUUGCUGUCUCCCUCCUGUCCUGUCGGGGUGCAACGUGGAGGGGCCAAGGUGUCUGAGGGAAGCUCCAAAGGAAGUAAGGGUGCUAAUACGUUCCCAAAAGAGGGCAUCAAAGUCUUGGACUUCAUGAGAAGACAACCCUACCAACUGAACUCAGCAAUGUUCAGUUUUAACACACAGCCAUCAACCCCCUCCUACCAAAGGCAACAGAGAGAGGGGCAUACUCUGACAACACCUAAGCAGAUUCCAGUGAAGUCAGCACGUGUGUAUGAAAUUAAACGAUUCUCCACUCCCACCCCAAUGUCAGCCCCAACUCUUAACCCCACAGUUAUUGUACCACGCUCAAAAACCACGAUCGGUGAACAUCUGUCUCAUUCUGACAUGACAUCCCCACUCCCUGCACCUGCUAAACCCACUCCACCUGAACUCGUACCUGUAUCCACUCCGGAACCUUCACGGGCUCCAGGCCUCCCAGAGCUCCCCAAACUUUCAGCUGUGCUCAUCCCUCACACAAUGCCCUACUCACCCCCAGCCCCCAUGUCAAGUAUGUCAAGCCUAAGUUACCCUGGGCUCCAAGCUGCCAAACAGUUUAAGAGUGCCCCUGAGUUAAGUGCCUUACCCCCAAAUCCUUUAAAGCCUCCCAUUCAAGUUCCCAAACCUCGUUUUAUUGCAACACGAGUGGGUAUUCAGCCCUGUGUCUGGAGUCCUGGAACCCUACCUCACUGACGUGAUUAUUUAUAUUGAAGAAGCUGAACCAUCUGCUUCUGUUCCACUCUCAAAAUUCAUACUUUUCAAAUUUGAGUCUUAAUAUCCAUUUAAUAUAUACUGGAGGAAAUUAUAUUUUUCAUUUCAGAUGAAAAGUGAUCAUUGUUUAAGUCAGUGUUCAUUGGGGAAUGGAAAACAGCACAGUGGUGAAUUGCUAGUUAUAAAAACAUUCUCUGUUUAGUGUUCAAUAUAAAUAUCUGUCUCUUCAUCAUGCAACGUUGUAACAUUUCACAUUCAUUUUUGCUUGAUUUGUUGUAUUGCUUGCAAGGCAGCCCUGUUUUUAUAUUCCUCACACACUCUAGUUAGUAUUUGUUCUAAAACCCAAACCCUAUAAAUAUUAACCAUAAAUCUAUUUAUGUUUUGGUAAACUUUAAAAAUGUUUAGAAAUUUCUUCUAUUGAAUUUUAAUUUUUUUUAAUUUAACUGACAUCGAUGACAGAAAUAUUUGCAAAUAUAUUGCUAUUGGUCUUCUUUCUUACAACAAUUUGCAUACUGAAUUGGUAUUUCUUGCAUGUAUUUAACCAUCUAUAGCCACUGCUAAGACAGUAUAGGAGCUGCAUGGUCAUUCACACAGGAUUUGUUUUUAUAAGUUGAUCGGGCAAAUGUCUUCACAGACCAGCAAUUAAUAGCACAGACAGAGUACAAGAACAUGUCCUGUGUGGACAGUCUCUUAUGUGUUGAUUCAAAGUGCCAUGACAACAGCAAAAAUGGUCAUGAUGAAGCAUUUCAUGUAUUCAGGUCCAAUGCCCAAAACCUAAGCUAAACUAAAUCUAUAACGCUAUUCUUUUGCUACAUUUAAAGCACUAAUAUUUUCUUGAGGAAAUGCAAGUCUAGUUUAGAUCAUUGUUGUUUUGUUGAUUGUUUUUCUAAACUAAAAAUGAACUUCUAAACUAAAUUAAGUGGUAUUGAUUCUGAAACCUGAAAAGUUAAUUAAUAUAUUUUAAAUCUCCAAUGUAGUGUGUGAAAUCCAACAAGUUCUACUGUGUGUGUAAAACUAUGGGCAGUUGCUGGAACAGAAGAUCACAGACAAUUUUUUUGCCUCUGACUGCUGGACAACAGCGUUACACAAUACAGUGUUUGCUUUCUAAAAGGAAUGACGUCGCAUGUAGAAAACUACAUUCCGACAUGGCACCCAUAAAAGUAUUGUGCAUGGAUUGCAUUGACAUGCACUUGGAUUGGACUGACAAGUUUAACUUUUGACAUCUUUUCCUUAGGGCAGAUUUGUACUUUCAAACACAAUUAUAUAUGAGUUUUGACUUGUCUUUGGUGAUCUUGGGUCUAAACCUUGGUCUGUCUGACACAUUUAAGAAAGGAACUAAGGAAAAAAGAAAAUUGUUUUGCAGUGUGCCACCCAGCCUCCCUCGGGCAAAUCAGAAAUGUUAUCUCUCCUGGCAGAGCCUGAACUGAACAGGUGCAUGAGGGUCACAACCUAUUUGUGGGAGCAAGUAAACAGGGAAUCAGGCUGGAUUAUUUAGAUGUAGUCUUACUGGAUUUGCCGUGUUCACCCACAGUAUAUAAAACUUAUGACAAUAAACGAAUAGUUCAUCCAAAAAUGAAAAUUAUGUCCUCAUUUACUCACCCUCAUAUUGUUCCAAAACCAAAUUAAUUUAUUUCUUUUCUGGAACACAAAAGGAGACAUUUUGAUCACAGCUUUUUUCCAUGCAAUUACAAUGAACGGGACUGAAGACUGGUAUGACUUGUGUUCUAUAUUCCAAGAACACAUACUAUUCCUAUUCACUUAAAAUCUUGACAUCCACUAUAGUCCUUCUUGGUGUGUUCAUUUGAGUUCAAGCCAUCUGAAUGAUUCGUUCACAGUUCUCAAGUAUAACUUGAGAAUAUUUCUGUGCAUUAAUCACACAAAGCUAUUGUAUGACUCCAGAAGACUUGGAAUAUAGUGCACAAGUCCUAUGGACUACUUUUAGGAUGCUUUUGUGUCCUUUAUGAAGCUUGAAAGCUUCAGUCCUCAUUUAUUGUAAUUUCAUGGGGAAACAUCCUCUUUUGUGUUCUGUGGAAGAAAGUCAUUCAGAUUUGGAAUGACAUAAGGGUGAGUAAAUAAUGGCAGCAGUUUUGGGAUAACUACUUCUACAGAAACCAUAUGUUUGAUAAAUUUUUUUAUAGAAACUUGUUUAGGGGUCAAAUCAGCAAGUGUUAAAGUUAGGAAAUGUACAGUGUUCGAAAGAGUCGCCGGGACAGACAUGCAAGCCACAUGGGGCUGGAUGCACCAGCUUUGCGUAAAUUCAAAUUUAGCCUAGUUGUGGCGUAAAUGGACACUAAGUCACAAUUUACGCACCACUAAAUAUUUGAGCAUUGCACCAUUAAACUUACGUAGGACGUAACCCUACAUAUAAACGAAAUAUUUACAGCAGCCUUAGCCCGUGAAUAACGAAUGGAUGGAAAGAGAUGGCUGCCAGAUGAGAUUAUCAUUGAUAAUGAAGAUAAUGAACCGCAAAUUCGUCGACGAGUUUUACGAGACAGACAUCAUUCUUUGGAUAUUUAUGAUGAUGUGGACAUAUAUGCUCGUUUGCGGUUUAAAAGAGAGCGAAUAAAGCCUUUGUUUUGUCUUUGUUUUGACUGUUCACGCAAGGCAGCAGCCUUGAAAUGAUGCGCGCAGUUCCUGUUUACUAAUUUGAAGGCUGCUGAUUGGAUUACAAAAAAUAAACGUCAUUCUGUGCGACUACGCAUCACUUUACAGAAAGCUUACGUCCUACUAGUUAAGUUCUGCCUUAAGAACAGGUGGUGCAACCGAAUUAAGUUCUGACUUAGUUACAAACUAACUAAUAGUUACUAAGCCCUUAGUGUGAGCUUUACGUCCUAACUAACGUGAGACUUUACGCACAGCUGGUGCAACCCUACCUUGAACACUAACCAUACGUUCACACCAGAGGCGGCGAGAGCGUCAAAACGACCGGAAGUCAUUCAUUUUCAAUGACAGCCAGCGUCUCUUGGCGGCGAGAAGCGGCGCGGCGAGUCUUGGGCGGCGUGGGCGUCAGAUGGAAGUUCAAGUGCAGUCAACAUUAUGUAAUGAGCUGUGACGCGGUUCGGCGGCAACCUAUUGGAAUAUAGAAGUGCUCCGCUCUAGCGAAGUCUAGAGAACAUAACCGUGUAAACUUUGGUUCCCACCAAACAUUCGUUCCGAAGAUAAAAUGGAGAAACGAAUUAUUGCCGUGACGGGUUUCCCUGUAAUAUAUGACCAAGACCACAGUUAUUAUUACAAAUGUAUUUUAUUUUGAUAACAAACAACUGUAAUUUUAAUUACUUUCUGCCAUCGAUCGAUUUCUUAUUUUCACAUUUUAAAGAGUUCAUGAGUAUAUACGCUACUUGUGAUCGGUCGGCAAAAAGUAAUGGUCGACAUGUCUGGAUGUUUAAAUUGCGGCCCCUUUAAAUAUAGUUCACAAAACAAAGCAUUCUGAACAAACGUUGCCGCCUAUUUCAACUACGUCAGAGCGUCCACGAGCGUCGAAGGCAGGGCAGCCAGAGCGAAUUUGGACGCUCUCGCCGCUUCUGGUGUGAACGUACAGUAAAGCAGAUCUGUUUCAUUGACUCAGGCAUGAGAAGUGCAAAGCUAGAACUGUCCAGGAUUACCAGGAGGUUCAUGAGACGACUGGUAUUAUUUGAAUUAGUCAGGAUACUCAUUAUCAGAUGACAUAUUUGAAUGCGUUACAUGAUGGCAGUGAGACUGAGGAUUUCUGGGAUGGAUUGUGUUCCCAAAGAGAUAUGAGGCAAGUCAUAAAGGGGCAUAUUACAGAAAUUACCUGAAGUCUUAAGACAAUUUUAUUGUAUUUUUUUUUUUUACAAAUUCAUGUUACAAAUCAAAUCGCUACACUUUUAAAGGAGUUGUGGAAAGUUAGGAUGAUUCUGUUGUACUCUUUUAUCUAUCUGUAGUUAAGAUAAGAUAAUUCACUCUGUUAUAACUUUUCUCCUAAAUGAGAUCCUAACCCAAACUGCCUUGGUUACCAAGCAGAUAAGAUAGGAUUCCAUUCCAAAGUUAGGAUCUUUCUGUAAUAUGCCUCCUGAGGCCUUGUAACAUUCAAGGAACAAUGGAUGGAAGUUCAAGGAAGGAAAUCAGAUUGUACUAAUGUGUAUUAGAUAUCCGGAGAGAAUUAAUAAAUUAUGUUUGCAAUACUGGCAGGUGAGAAUAUUUUGUUAGUAAAAUGUAUUUUUUUUUUCUUUCUUUUUUUUUUUUUUUUAAUAUUUAGAAUAUGAAUAAAAGGAUACCAAAUAUAAAAUACAAAGUUUCACUCCUGAGCCAAUGUCUUGUUUAUUUGACUCUCAUUACAGUCAUUAUAUUUUAUUGCAUUGCAAUGCAGCUAUGUUUUAUUAACUAUGCAAUUAAAGCUUUACUUUGUUCAAUGCUCUUAAUUUUGACUGUUGUACAAAUUAUUAGAUAAAUGUGUCUGUCUUUGUAAAAUGAAUAUCUCUGAAGGGUGAUUUUCUUUAUGCAAUGCCUAUAAUAUAUUCAUUAAGACCUUUGGAUGCUUGUGAAAGUGUCUUGUAUUGAUAAUACUGAAUAAACAAGUUUGAAUAAAAUAUU